CGCAAUUUCCCCUCUCCUUUUUACACGUAUACACAUAAAUCCUUCUUUCUCCUAUCAUAUCUUCUUCCUCUCACUCUCUGUUUCUCCUAAUCUCUUCUGACGAAAUAAAACAUAACUAAAACAUACAGCAACAAACAGCAAACAUUUUCCUUUUCAAUCUUAGUUAUAUUUUCCUCUCAACCACCACCCCCCUCUCACUCUCUCUCUCUCUCACCCUCUCUAAUCUGUGUCGUUUAUAAUCUGUCCGUUCUUUUUCGAUUAACCAUUUCGUUCGUUUAUACGUGUGUCGAAGCUACAAUUCCGGUUCUAGUUUAAACAUCUCUUAUAUAGCGUGUCAGCUACACAAAUGGGAAGAAAAUUGUCAAAAAAAUAUAUAUCACUGAGGAAUUUCUUAAGUGAAAACAAAAUCAAUACAACAAGCAAAGAGUGACUUAAACCAGUUAUAUAUAUAUAUAUAUAUAUAUAUACACAUAUAUAAAACUAGCAAAAUAAGACGAAACGCAAAACAAGCAAAAUUCCAGACAAUUUAAGAUGUGUAAAUUACUAUCAUCAAACAACUUGCAUCUAUCCGGUUGCUUACAAGAGGUUUAGACAGUUUGUUACUUUCAUUUAAGCACCAACAAUACUUAUAAAGACAAGGGACAAUUAAGCUACCUAAGGCCCUUAGUGAACAUACAGACAAUAUAUAUAUAUACAUAUAUAUAUAUAUACACACACACACAUAUUACUCGCCCACAUGCAUACACCUCUAAAUUCAUAUAUAUAUAAUAUAUGAAAUAACACAUUUUUAACAUAUAUUUGUCUGAAACAACAACGAUAGACAAUCACCCCAACCUACUGAACAAGUAACCUAAUACUUCGGUUGUUUCAUUCUCUACUCUAGUAGCUGUUGUUGUUGUUGUUGUAGCUGCUGGUGGAGGUGUGUUAGCUUUAGUAGUGCCUGCCGGCUUUGGUGCUGGUAAAUAAUAAUUAUUUGGUGUUACCGAACGGAACCAAAGAUGCCUGUUUUCUUAUUAGAACGGAUCCCUUUUCCUAGUCUUAGGACGUACACGACGGGUAGCGUGCUUUUCUUUAGUUGUGCCUUGCUCUACGCCUGUCGGGAGAACAAGUUCGGUGUGUUCAAUUCGGCCGCCGACUAUGCACGAUCUUCACAUUUGGAGCUACCAGAAACAGACGGUGAUAGUGGUACCAAGAAAUUCGAAAGCAGCGAGUUGAAUGAUCCCAACGAGGAUGGUUUCCAUAGCUGGCUGCUAGAAUUAUUCGGCUUCAAAGUGUGUGGUCUCCUCGAAAAUGUAUGGCUUCUCGGGAUCUGUAUUAAUAUGAUAUACUGCACACUGAUACUUCUUAGCAAACUUAUCCAGUACAUCGUUUUUGGAGAGCUACGUAUCAGUGAACACCAGAACUUGAAAGAUAACUUUUGGAACUUUGUCUUUUAUAAGUUCAUUUUUAUCUUUGGAGUGAUGAAUGUACAAACAAUGAGUGAAGUUAUCAGUUGGGUUACCUGGUUCACUGUCCUUGGAUUUCUAAAUCUGCACACCCAGCUGUGUAAAGAUAGAUUUGAAUAUCUCUCGUUCUCUCCUGGUACUGCUCGAUGGGUUCAUGUCAAGCUGCUUUCUCUUCUUGGUGUGAUUUUCUGUUCUUGCAUGGGUCUGCUCGUUAUCUCAGGAUUUGUUGCAAUGCAAGCUGGAUUUACCAUAUUUGCAUUUAUGGCAGCAGAGUGCCUUAUCCUUGGAAUAAAGAUAAUGUAUGUUAUGAUACGCUAUGCCAUUCAUUUGUGGGACUUGAACAUGGAUGGAAUCUGGGAAAAGCGAUCUCUCUAUGUCUACUAUUCAGAGCUAAUAUUCCAGUUAGCUGCUCUUAUUGUUGAAUUUGCACACCAUUUUCACAUGCUGCUCUAUGGUAAGAUUUUCCUUAGUAUGGCUAGUUUGGUGAUUUUCAUGCAAUUGCGUUACUUGUUCCAUGAGUUCCAGAGAAGGAUCAAGCGACACAAAAACUACAUCAAAGUGGUACGCAACAUGGAAGCAAGAUUUCCAAUGGCAAGUGCCAGUGAUCUGGAAAAUUGCAAUGAUGACUGUGCUAUCUGUUGGGAAAAAAUGGAAAAUGCUCGCAAAUUGCCUUGUGGCCAUCUUUUCCACCAUUCUUGCUUGAGAUCUUGGUUAGAACAGGAUACAUCUUGUCCAACCUGUAGAACUAUGUUAAAUAAUCGAUCCAACAACGAGACAAAUAGCAACCGGCCUGAAACUGAAGAAACUCCUGAAAAUAACCCUCCACAACCACCUGGAGCUAAUCAGCAGACAACCAACCAUUUUUUCCAUUUUGAUGGUUCACGAUAUGUCAGCUGGUUACCAAGUUUCUCUGUUGAAGUCACACAUACCCAACUUUUACCUAGCAGGCUGCCUGCCGCUCAAACCUCUGUAGUGGAUAGCAUGGCUCGUCAAGUCCACUUGGUGUUUCCUCACAUUCCUUUGAAUGUCAUCAAUGAUGACUUGCGUAUCACAAGAUCUGUUGAUCACACUAUUGACAACAUCCUGGAAGGACGUGUAACCAUACCAACACCAUCCCUGUCAGCAAACUCCUCUUCUACCCUCAUUUCAACCCCUUCUGCAUCAUCUGCUACUCUGAAUGAACAGCAUGAUGUUCAGACUGCUGCUGCAGUUGUCAGUGAUGAACUAGAUCAGGUACCCAGUGAGGAGAACAUCAAUUCUUCACAGACAGAUGCUCCAUUUAACAAUGGUGUCAGUGACCUCACAGAUAUUCCUUCCACUUCUGCAGUGGUGGCUCCACACAGCACACCUCUACUCAGCAGCAGCAUGGAACUGCCUUCAGCUGAAAGUUUCCAUUCAUUUCGUCAACAGUCUCUUGUAUCCGUUUCUGAUUCAGCUUCUUCAUCUAGCAGUUCCCAUGAUGACUUCCCUACGUCUACGUGUACUGGAGGAAGAUUCUCAAAGUCAGCGAGUGAAAGAGAAGGGAUGUUACAACAGAGAAAAAACAAUAUGCUGGAAAAUGCCAGAAGACGUUACUUAAAUGUUCCGAGAGAAACGAACCGUGAAGAUUUGGAAGGCUAUGAUUCAAUUACUUCAGACAUGAGAGAAUUGGCAUAUCAAGCAGCAAGACGGCGAAUGCAAGAACAGCUACCUCAGAACACAUGAAAUUCAUCCCCAGAAAUUCAAUUGCUCCUCUCCAAAAUUUUCUUUUCUUCGUGACUUCUUAUUUCAUAUUUUUGUCCCUUUCUCUCUUUACCUGGAGUUCACUUGCUUUCUUCUACCCUCCCUCUAGGGUGUAGAACAUGCUACAUAACACCCUGCACCCAGUUAUCGUUCUGUUAGUGGGAGAAGAGAGAACUGGAAUGAUGAUAAUACUCAAUAAAUAAAAACACUUGAAUGUGAUCUGAGUCUAAAUGAGAAUACCUGCUGCUGCUGUUGCUGCUUCCCAGCACUUUUGUCUAAGCUACACUUUCGUAUCUGGCCUUCAACAGAAUACCAAAAUAUUGCUUUCACAGCCUGCUUUUUACAGGUUGGGGUGAGACAGUCAGAACACAAACUUUUGGAAGUUCACCUUUAUUGCAUUCACAUUGUUCUUAUAGUUAUUGUAAAGUGUUUUUAAAUCAGAACUCUAUUUUAUAUAUCUGAAUGCAUUAUACAGGUGAAUGCAAUAUUUCAUUCAAGGUGUAUGCGGGCACUGACACACACACAUGCACACACAAACACGCAUUGGAUUCUAAGUUUGACUUGAGUAUGCAUGCCAUACUGUCUGUGUUUGUGUGUGAUAAACUUUUGUCAAACACAUUUUAAAGUAUAUAUUUUAUAUAUAUAUAUAUAUAUAUAUAUAUAUAUAUAUAAUGUGUAUAUAUUGGUUUUUGCCUAUGAUUAAUUAAAGAAACUUGAUUUAGAUAAACUCUGAGUUUGUAUGUUUGUUACUCCUUUUGAGUGUGGAGUUUAAAUUAUUAUUUUCUUCCUUUGUUUUGCUUGUUUUAUUUCAAGGGUUACCUUGCAUGUCAAACUACUGCAAAAGGCAUAUCACAAAACAUCAUAAUAUAAUGAACAAUAUUGUCUAUAUAUAUAUAUAUAUAUAUAUAUAUAUAUAUACACACACACACACACAUAUAUAUAUAGCUAUCUUGGAAUUAACAUAAGAUGGUGGUAAAUAUGAGGAUGGUAAAAAUGUUUAUUAUUCCUCUGUAUUGCUUAGGUUAAUUUCCUUUUUUGACUCCUCUGCUUUAAAAAUAAUUUUUUUGUAACUGUUUUGUUUAGAUAAUAAUUUCUGAAAUACUCUGCUAAUUUACCUGUAUGAAUUAACAUUAUGAGCUUUUUUUUCUUUUUAUGUUUUCUUAAAAUCUGCAAUAAUAUAUAUAUAUAUACAUCUUGCCAUUCGGGUAGAUAAUGCAGUUAAUAUUUUGAUGGUAUUUUUUUAUAAUAUUUCUGAUUUUGAAAUUUUUUUUUUUUUUUUUUAAUAUUUUGGUCAGAAGAAAUGGUUUUAUUUUAUUUAUUCAUACAUACAUAUAAAUAUUCUCAUUUUUUUAUAUCAACAGUCUCAUAGCUGUCCCAUUCUUCUGUUCUGCACCGAGAAGGGGGAAAAGCAAAAGACAAGAGUAAAACAGAAGACGUUUUAUUUAAAACUUUAACAAGCAAAUAAA